AUGGUUCCAAAGACACAGAGGCAGUGGGUAAUCCACGGUAGCAAUGGCUUUGACUCUCUGGAGUUUCAGAAAGAAGCCCCAGUCCCCUCGAUCGGUGACCAAGAUGUCCUGGUUCAAAUUCACGCCACCUCACUGAAUUUUCGCGACCUAGUGAUCCCUAAGGGACUCUAUCCUUUCCCACUAAAGGAUGGCAUCGUGCCUCUGAGCGAUGGAGCAGGCACCGUUGUGGCAGUCGGCUCCCGCGUAAGCCGCUUUAAUGUUGGCGAUAGAGUUGCUACUCUGGUCCACCAGCGCCACCUGGCUGGACCUCUUGAUGCCAGAGGUCGUGAAAGCGCUCUUGGAGGUCAACUCAGUGGUGUACUUCGAGAGUACGCUGCGUUUCAGGAAGAUGGCCUCGUUGCAGUUCCAAACAACUUGACGUUGAACGAGGCUGCAGCUCUGCCAUGCGCAGCAUUAACCGCCUGGAGCGCUCUAUAUGGACUCGAGGGCCGCGCUUUGAAGUCUGGUGAGAUUGUGCUCACCGAGGGUACUGGCGGUGUAAGCAGCUUUGCAGUCCAGUUUGCCAAAGCGGCUGGCGCCCGCGUCAUCGCGACCACUUCCUCAGCUGAAAAGGCAGAGCAACUCAAGAAGUUGGGAGCGGACCAUGUGAUCAACUACCAAGAGAACCCUGAAUGGGGACAGCUUGCUAAGAGCUUGACCCCCAACAACGAAGGAGUCUCUCUUGUCGUCGAGGUGGGAGGGCCGUCCACUGCUCGACAAGCUCUAGCUGCUUUGAAGUUGAACGGGCUGAUCUCUAUGGUGGGCUCUAUCAGUGCCUUCACAUCGCCUGGGAGCAACGAUACCAAAGAGCCGACAUUCCUCGAGACUGUGAUCCACACGUGCACAGUACAAGGGAUUAGUAUUGGAUCGAGGAUGCAGUUUGAGGCGAUGAAUCAUGCUAUCGAGGUAAAUGACCUUCAUCCCGUUUUGGAUGCGCGCAUCUUUAAACUGGAGGAAGCCCGCGAGGCCUAUCAGUAUGUCUGGGAUCAAAAGCAUUUUGGAAAGGUGGUUAUACAGGUGGCAUCCUAA